CGCGGGAGCCGCGACACCGCCCUCGCCCACCGAGCCGCGCCACCGAGCCCCUCCGAUGCCUCGGACAGCACCGCUCCCGGGGUCCGCCGCGGCUGCGAGCGGCAUGGCCCGGAUUAGGUACCUCCGUGCCGCUGUCUCGGGCUUUUAUCUGUGGGAAGCUGCGCUACUUCUCAGCUUGGUAGCCACAAAGGAAACGGACAGUGCAAGAUCUCGUAGCAUGCCAAUGUCGCCAUCGGAUUUCCUGGAUAAGCUAAUGGGUAGGAUGUCAGGCUACGAUGCAAGGAUCAGACCAAAUUUCAAAGGUCCUCCAGUUAAUGUCACAUGCAACAUAUUUAUAAACAGCUUUGGAUCCAUUGCAGAGACAACCAUGGAUUACCGAGUGAACAUCUUUCUCCGUCAGAAUUGGAAUGAUCCACGCCUUGCAUACAGUGAAUAUCCAGAUGACUCUUUAGAUUUAGAUCCAUCCAUGCUGGAUUCAAUUUGGAAACCUGAUUUGUUCUUUGCUAAUGAAAAAGGUGCCAACUUUCAUGAAGUUACAACAGAUAAUAAAUUGUUGCGGAUUUUCAAAAAUGGAAAUGUACUUUAUUCCAUCAGGUUGACUUUAAUACUGUCCUGUCCGAUGGAUCUCAAAAAUUUUCCAAUGGAUGUGCAAACAUGUAUAAUGCAGCUGGAAAGCUUUGGAUACACAAUGAAUGAUCUCAUUUUUGAGUGGCAAGAAAAGGGAGCAGUUCAAGUAGCAGAAGGCCUCACUCUGCCACAGUUUCUGUUGAAGGAAGAAAAGGAUUUAUGUUACUGCACCAAGCAUUAUAAUACAGGAAAGUUUACAUGUAUUGAAGUCCGAUUUCACCUUGAGAGGCAGAUGGGUUACUAUCUCAUCCAGAUGUACAUACCAAGUCUAUUGAUUGUGAUUCUCUCCUGGGUGUCAUUUUGGAUCAAUAUGGAUGCAGCUCCAGCCAGAGUGGCUUUAGGCAUAACAACUGUGCUGACGAUGACAACUCAAAGCUCAGGUUCACGAGCAUCUCUUCCAAAGGUGUCAUAUGUCAAAGCCAUUGACAUAUGGAUGGCAGUGUGUCUGCUCUUUGUAUUUUCUGCACUUUUGGAGUAUGCAGCUGUAAACUUUGUGUCAAGGCAGCACAAAGAACUUCUGCGAUUCCGCCGCAAAAGGAAGAAGAGCAAGUAUUUUGAGGGAGUUCUUGAUGGAAGUGAAAUCAGUGAAUCAUUACAGCAUAGCAAUGGCUUGAGAUGUACAAGACCUAUAGACGGGACUUUGACUCAAAUCUACAGUACAAAUUUAAGGGAUGAUGAUGCACGUGAAAGUCAGUUUAGCUUCACAGCAUACGGAGUGGGUCCAUGUGUGCAAGCAAAAGAUGGAAUGGCACAAAAGGGGCCUAAUAAUCCUGUUCAAGCUGUACCAAAAAGCCCUGAUGAGAUGAGAAAGGUAUUCAUUGACCGGGCCAAGAAGAUAGACACAAUAUCCAGAGCUUGUUUCCCAUUAGCCUUUCUGAUUUUCAACAUUUUUUACUGGGUUAUUUACAAAAUCAUCAGGCAUGAGGACAUUCACCAAUAACAAGACUAAGGUUUGUAGUACAUAAAGAUCUGGCUGUCACUCAACCGGAGGCUUUCUGUUAAAAAAGUACUUCAGAGGAGUGACUGGAAGAGUUAAAAACACUGAGGUGGUGAAAAAAGAUCCUGUGUGGCCUGAAAUGACCAGGAUGGAAGAAUGACCCCCAGAGAAGAUACAUUUGCUAUUGCACACUUUCCUUGUCAAGCUAAAUAUUAACAAAUUAUUCAUUAUAAAUCACUCUACUAAUGAGGCUUUACUGCCAAGUAUUUAUACAUACUGUUACACAGUGGUAUAACUGUACAGUACUCUCUGAUGGUCCUUAAUUUUUUUUUAAUUCUGGUGUAUUUUCAAUUUUAAAAAUUGUUCCUGAGUACCCUAGGUAAAUCCCACAGUGUUACAGAAUAGAUUAGUGUUUGUAACCUUGAUUUCAAUUUUACAAUACAAUGAUCAAUUACUGAUUGGAGAAAACAGUUUAAAAGACUUGAUCUAGUCUUAAGGACAGUACCGGUGGUUUUGCAGUGAAUAUAUUUGACAUAUUAAAGUCAUAUGAUUUAUUAAAUGUACUUCAGAUUACUGUUCCCCUGGGAGGUGUACAUUGAAAUAAUCUCCUACACCACAAGGUAUACAGCCUAAUAGCCUGCCUAUCACAUGAGAAAUAUAUUAAAAUUUGUGAAGUAUUGACUACUGCAAAGGAUUUUUUUUCUUUUAACUACUUAGACUUUGAUAAUUGAACCAUAUUUUUUAAUUUUUUUUAUAUUUUAAGAGUUUUCAUUCUCAAUUCAUAAAACUCAUAGAGCUAGUGAAAUAUACAAAUUACAUCAAAAUUUUGCAAUACUUCACUUUGAUUCAAUGCAAAGAGAUCUUGGACCAAAACUGAAAGCAAAUAAUGAACUCCAUUGAGGCAUUUGGAGGAUGACCACAGCAAUGCUUAUGCACAUUCAUCUCCUACAUGUUACAUAAAUAUAGAAAGCUUAAUUUAUGAAUAUCUGAAGUUUUCUGACUCAUUCUUUGAAGUUUAUUAAUAUAACUUAGAUAUUGGUUAAGAAGCACUUCACAGCUUUGGGCAAACAUGAAACUCAUCAAAAACAUAAAAAAGGAUCUGAACAGUCUUUUACAUUUACUGUAUUUCACAUUAAUAAAUAGGAGAGGAACCAUUAAAACUCUUAGAAAGAUCUUCCCUGUUUAGGUUUAAAUUAGUCAUAUUAGUUGCUUCUUUGAAUUGUAACACCAUAGAUCAAUCUUGUCUAUUGGUAAACAAAACCAUGCUAAGAUAUAGAAAUGCAUCAUUUAGAAUUAUUAAAUACUCGAAGUCCAGUAGCUGAGGCUGAUUCUCAUUGCAGAAUUUUUUUUUUUUUGAAAGGUUUAAAAUUUUUGGUGUGUUGUUGCUUAGAAUGUGUAUACAAAAGCAAAAUCAGCUGGAAACAAACAUCUGGUACACUGCCAAAGGCAUGGUGCAUAUGAAAUAGAAGUAGCAAUGUAACUCUGCAUUGAGUAACAUAGCAACCUUGGGUUUGGUUUGAUUUGUUAUUGUUUUCCUCCAAGGAUUACUUAGAGACAUUCUAAAAUAGUAGCUCUCAGAUUUUGUUAAACUGUGUCAGAAAGAAGGUGUAUAAUCUGAUUUAUUUUAAAACUGUUAUUCUUUUGUAGUUUUACUUCAUUUAUGAUCUAAAAUUAAUUCAUUUUACUUAAAAUAUUUUUUUUUGCUGAGAUGAUGUCUACUUUUUCUUGAUUUUUUUAUGUGCGUAUUCUAAAAAAUCAUGUUCACUUAUGAAGGUGCUCAGCUGUGUGUGAACUAAUGGUUGAUAUUUCAGUUGAGUUAUAUUCACCUCUCUCAAAGAUAUCUGUAUGAAAAGGGAUGUUAAUUUGCUUCUAUUAUCAGCAAAGUCAACUGUAUUUUGUUUAAGGGCUGUUUUCUAAUGCACAUAACUUUUUGGCAUAUCAUUCUCCUGCCCUCAGGUGAGUAAAGAUAUUCUAUUUUGAUAUAAUGGAAUCAAGAUCUCUCCUGAACUGGUUUUAUGGGUUGAGGUUUUUUCUGUUAACUUUGCCAAGGUAACAAAAAGAAAUAAUAACUUAAAAUUCAAGUUUCAUUUAGAUUAUUCCUAAAUGACUUAGUGUAAAGGCACAUGAUAGAGAAAGAGAAAUGUCAUUUGAGAUGAUAAGAAAUUUCAAGGCACAAAUGCCUGCUCUUCACCACUGACUAGGGGAAAAGUCCAAAAAUGCCAGCAGGCAUGCCAGCCCUCUUUACAAAGCUAGAAUCAACAGCUACAGACAUCAGCUAAGAUUAGUGUGUGUGGGAGUUGAUUCUUUUGUAACUGUAUAGUGAAGCAGCAGAGAAUAAGAUUAAGAAGACUCAAGAGUUGAAAGGUACUCUGCAGUAUUUGUCAGGCUGCAGUAUUUAUGCUACAGUUCCAUGAAAGAGACAGUGGAGAAACAGAAGAAUAAUUAUCAAGGAAAUAAUGCUUGAGGCAGAUAGUAUCUAGCAGGGUUCCACCCACAUGUAAAAAAGAAUCUGUUUUUUAGGCUGAAGUAGAUAGCCACCUCAUUUCACUAUCACUGGACUGGGGCUGCGCACAAGUCCUUAGCAAAGUCACACAACGAGGCUUCUUUUAAGCACAACCCCUGUAUGACAGGCUAAAGGAGCUUUGUCCAAAGUCAUUAUUCACCAUAGGUGUAGACCCUGUACUUCUCAGGUCAUGUUUUUGUGGUCUCUGUAGGCCAGCCCUAUACUUUAAAAAUAAAAUACUGGUACUAGAAGGUCAUUGUAACACAAUGAAAACAGAGGGAGGCACUGUAGGAUCUGAAUGAAUACUCCAAUAACACAGCUACUAAAGAGCUGGCACAGUCACUACAGAGGGAAAAAAGGAAGGAUGAGACAUUCUAAUUAUUUUUCCCAGUCUCACAGUAUCCUUGCCAUAGGUACGCUUGUUCAGGUAGGAGCAGUAGCUACAGGGAGGAACAGUUCACAUCAGCUGCUGCAAAGUAUAUGUUGUUUUCUGAGAGUAGUUUCUACCUGUGCAGAUUGACUUCCACACCAUCCACUUUCCUAAUGUAAAGAGAAGCAGAACAGGAAGGUCCAGGAUGAAAAGUGUGGGCUGUGCAUAGCAGAACAGGGGCCACAGGAGAAAGCAGAAAGCAGUGCUUCUCCUAUGACUGUCUUUUCUUCCUGCACUAAAGAGAGAUGUGGCCUAAUACGUGUCACCCCUCAUAAGGCCAAAAACUCCAGGACCUUGAGACAAGAUAAGAAAAGUCCCUUUGAGGUGCAGCAGAAAUACUAAACUACCACAGUACCAGAAUCCUGCUUAAAUUUGAAACAGCAAAAUGCAUUUUAUUUUUAAAACUGUAUUCAAAUACCAACACAAUAGGCUCUAAUGGUUAGAGGAAUGGCUUUUUUUCUUUAUAAUGCUGAAAAACUGUAGGAGGUUUGAAGGGGUUUUAUUAUUUAGAAUUCAGCUAUUUUAACGUCAAAAUAAUGCACACUCUACUUUCAAGGACUUUUGAUGGCAAGCAGUAUUAUUUAAGCAGGUUAGUUGAAUUCAGGAAAGACAGUGCGUUUAAUUAGGAUUUAAUGAUCUUUUCAGCUCAAUCAGACAUUGACUUUCUUUGGAUUGCUUUUAUUAUAGUUUGUUCAAAGACCUGCUUUAUAAAGAAUCAUUUGUAGUGUGUGAGAGGUGAUUCUGUUUAGUCACUAGACAGACUUAUGUUUAGGUGAUUUAGAUUUGCACUUUACAUUGUAAGGAGUAAGGUAUUGCUUCCACUUUGUGUAUUAAUCCCUUACAGAAUUGUAGGCUGAUAAUGUAGAUAAAAAUAGAAUAUAAUAAACUGUACAAAACCUUAUUUUUUAAUGGUAGGAAAAAAUAGAAAGUCUUCCUUGACCUUAGAGGGGCAAAAAAAAGUAUUAUUUUUAGCAAUAAUUUUAUAUUAGAUGGAAAUAAAUUUAUUUAUACCAUUUCCAGCCCAAGCUAACAUGGUUGGUUGGAAAAGAUGUACUUCUGUGCAACUUCUGCUCUCAUUUGAACUGUCAUAUGAAUUAAUCUAAUCCAACAGAGCAGAAUUUGGCCUUAAACUGUGAAACUACUGAAUGAUCUAAUAGUGCUUACAGUACCCCUGUGAGAUAGCAAAGUAACUUUAUCCACGUCUUACUGUAAAAUCAUAUGGUUAUUUAGAUGAGAACUAUAUCAGAUCUUCACAGCUCUUUUCCUUUUUGAGACAACUAAGAAAUAAAAUAUAAUUCACAAACCAGACUACUUGUUAAUAAUAAAAUGGGUAUUCUGUUUUGGAGUGGUUAAGGAAAAGGUGUCUUCAGGCAACACACAUCACCUACAGUAAUUACUGAAGUAUUAUCAGUUUGAAAGGCUUGUGGAAGCAGGUUAGAUUGCUAGAAGCAGUGGGUUAAUGCCAGAAAAAUUGUUGGCUCAUCCUGUAUUCUUGACAUUCUCAAAUAUUACUGCACUUCUUCACUUUCAUCUUUGUGAAAUAUGCAAGAAACAUUUAUUAUGUUUGUAUUUUAAAUCCAUUAAAAUACAGAGUGAUAUUAACAGAUGAAAUAGACUGAAGUAGGUACUGAUGUUCCAUGAAUGUGGAAUUGUGAGCUGUAUAAAAAGAAAUUAUGCCAUAUGCUUUUGACAUAAAGGUUUAACAUAAUAUACAGUAUUUUGUGUGUUAGUGAUCCUGGCUUUUUAAAGGUUACAGUAAGAAAAAAAGAAAAAUUUGUAUGAUAGUGUAUUAAUAACUUGUCCGUGAGUUUUCAAAAUAUUCUCCUGUGAGUUCUGUCUGAUGGCAAUUUCAUCUCAAAGUACUUCCUUUUUGGUAAAAGUCUCUAAAUGUGUCAUGCAUGGAUUUGAUUAGAUUCCUUUUUGUUGUAUUACAGUAUCAUACUGCACUUAAGAUGACAUUCUCUGCAGACAGAAGUGUUAAAAUGUGAAAUUUAUGGUGCCACCCAUAUCAUUGUAGAUAUUUUGUUCAAAAAAAAUAAACAACUUUUUUCAGAAAA